GUGCGUCACCAGGCGGGGCGGUGCGGGGCAGCGCGGGGGGGGGGGUGGGUGGGAAGAUGGCGGAGGCUUCCCCGCAGCCGGGACGGUUCUUCUGUCACUGCUGCUCGGCCGAGAUCGCCCCGCGCCUGCCCGACUAUAUUUGCCCAAGGUGUGAAUCUGGUUUUAUUGAAGAACUUCCUGAAGAGCCAAGGAACACUGACAAUGAGACCAGCUCCUCCACAUCAACCAGCGCUCAGAGCAGGCAUCCUUUCGAGAACGUGGAUCAGCACUUAUUCACCUUGCCACAAGGCUAUGGCCAAUUUGCCUUCGGGAUUUUCGAUGACAGCUUUGAGUUUCCUUUCGGGUCCAAUGUGCAAUCAGAAGACAACAGGGACUCCGAGAACCGGAGGGAGCGAGAGCAUCAGUCUCGGCAUAGAUAUGGUGCAAGGCAGCCUCGAGCUCGUCUCGCCACACGGCGUGCCGCUGGCAGGCACGAGGGAGUUCCCACACUAGAAGGAAUCAUCCAGCAGCUGGUCAAUGGAAUAAUUGCACCUACAACAAUACCAAACCUAGGACUAGGUCCUUGGGGAGUCUUGCAUUCAAAUCCAAUGGACUAUGCCUGGGGUGCAAACGGCUUGGAUGCAAUUAUUACACAGUUAUUAAAUCAGUUUGAAAACACUGGACCACCGCCAGCAGACAAAGAAAAGAUUCAGGCCCUCCCCACCAUACAGAUCACACAGGAACACGUAGAUUCUGGGUUAGAGUGUCCUGUAUGUAAAGAAGACUACACAGUUGAUGAAAAUGUCCGACAGUUACCUUGCAAUCAUCUAUUCCAUAACAGCUGCAUAGUCCCUUGGCUGGAACAGCAUGACACAUGUCCUGUGUGCCGGAAAAGCUUAAGCGGACAAAACACUGCCACAAACCCCCCAGGACUGACAGGGAUGAAUUUCUCUUCCUCCUCCUCCUCCUCUUCCUCCAGCUCACCAAGUAACGAAAACUCAUCGAACAACUCAUGAAUCCUAAUCCGACCCUCUGUCCCUGGGGCCCUGUCCACUGUCCUUCCUCCCUCCCUAGCCAACGUAAGAACGAAAGGGGCUUCCAGAGCAGAGCGAGGGGAGGGUGGCAGGGGGGAAACAGAACCCCCAGAAUUCUCCUUUGAGUUCUGAAGACACAGAGACUCUGGGCUCUUCAGAGAUGAGAAGCCUCAAGUUCUGUGAUGGGGGGGGGAAAGAGCUCUGUCUGUUAAUACAUCCAUUUGCCGCGUGGACUUCUAAACAUUGCAGUGAAAGGCUGCUGCGCUCCACGGAUGGGAAACCCAAGGUGCUGAGCUAGCGGUUGCAAUUCUGAAUGGAAAGGUUGUUUGUAUGGUUUUGAAUUUGAGAUUCCUUUCUUUCUUUCUUUUGCUCCUCCUUCUCCCCUUGGAUACUAUCUCUUCUGCUUUGGAGAUUGAAAUCUUUAAAAUGAAAGCAUAAUAAUACUGCCUCCCUCCCAGGAUCCUCCAACUGGGGAGGGCAAAUAGUUGUCACUGAAAAAAAUGAACUCUUGAAAUAGACCCCAUCAUCCUUCCCUUCCCCAUCUCAAUUCCCAUUUAUUUUUCUUUAUAACCUUGCCCUUCUGAUACUCAACACUGAAAGGGUUUUUAUAAUUUUAAAUUAUUACUGCUGUCAAAUAAAUGGACGUUUCAGCUCAA